AUGUACCUCAGCCAUAUCGAUCAGCUUGCAAGUGACAUAAAUUAUUACUCCACCUCCUCGGCUUGGUUCUUCUCUCCUGUAUUGCGGAUAAACGCGAACAUGUGAGUUCCAAGAGGCAGUUCAGAAGAAGAUGCGAUCAUUGGAGCAAGAAGUCCAUGGGCCGGACGAUUUGCAUUCUCCCUCGAACCCAUCAUCACAGACUGUUGCAGAUGAUUGACUCGAGUGAGAGUCCGAAACAGACCAAUAAACUUCUUGUUCCAGUGAUUGUGUCUUCUUCCUCUUAUCUCCUUCAUUGCUGAUAACAUUACCUACACGAUUGCCCCAUAGUAUGCAUCCGUCUUGUAGACUUAACUCGUUCUGACGGCUGAAGAAUGGUUGAAAAUCAGAGGAGGUAGAGGACGGCCAGCCAGAUUGUAAGGCUCUUUUUACCCGACUUAGGAGAGGGUCUCUUGAUGUCCACUGUCGAAUUUGUUGACAGGUUACAGGCGCGUUGACUAGAUUCUGCAAAAGAUUCACCGUCUCAAAAGCAGGUGCCCCGUUAAUGCCAUCGUCCACAAUAGGAAGCCUACUCAAGGCGUCAGCCACUACGUUUGCACUACCUGUAACGUAUUUCAUUGCAUACGUGUAAGCGGACAGGGUGAGUGCCCAUCGUUGCAUUCUCGGCGAGGACAUCUGUUGUAUCCCUCGUUUUUCUCCCAGCAGACCUAAGAGGGGUUUGUGAUCAGUGUGAAUCUCAGAGGGUCGGUCAAAUAGAUAGAGGUGGAAGCGAUGUAGGCCAAACAUUAUUGCUAAGGCCUCUCUAUCUAGUUGCGAAUAGUUGGUUUCCGCCUGUGACAUGGUUCUUGAUGCAAACGCAAUCGGCAUCUCCGCACCAGAAGGCAUUUGGUGCAUGAAAACCGCACCUACGCCGUACGGAGACGUAUCACAUUUCAGUAUGAUAGGCUUUUCGGGGUCAUAGUGAACUAGGACAGAUGAGGAGGUAAGAGCCGCCUUUGCCUGUUCGAAAGCACUUUGUUCGACUUCCGACCAGUGCCAGCCACAAUUCUUUUCAAGUAGUCGAUAAAGAGGCUUGAGAAUUGUAGCCGAUUGAUUCAUAAAGCGACUAAAGUGGGUGACCAACCCCAGGAAUGAACGCAAUUGACUAGUAUUGUUGGGGCGCGGCGCCGUCUUUAAGGCUUUGAGUUUAUGUUCGAGUGGAUGGAGGCCAAUUUUAUCCACCCUGAAGCCCAGGUAUUCUACCGAGUCGGCAAGGAACGUGCACUUAUCUUUCCUGAGUUUAAAACCGGCGUCCUCUAAACGUCCUAACACGAUGUUUAGAGUCUCUAGAUGAAUAACGUCAGAUGGGCCGGUGACUAAUAUAUCAUCAAGAUAUGCGCAAACGUGAGGUAUAUCCUUCACGAGAUUAUCAAUCAAGCAUUGAAAUAAACCGGGAGCCGAACUUACUCCAAAUGGUAGUCUUUUAUAUCGAAAUAAACCCCGAUGAGUAUUGAUGGUGGUGGCGUCUCGGGAUUCAGUAUCUAGGACGACUUGGUUGUAGGCAUGCUUUAGGUCCAAAGUUGUAAAUUGAUGACCACCCGAGAGAGAUGCGUACAGAUCCUCGAUGCGCGGGAGAGGAUAAGGGUUCAGUUUAGUUGCUGAGUUGAUUGUCAGCUUGUAGUCGCCACAGAUACGCACAGAACCAUGGGUUUUAAGAACAGGAACUAUUGGAGCUGCCCAUUCCGAAUAUUGCACGGGCUCAAUAAUAUCCGCUUUCUGUAGGCGAUCCAGCUCUUCUUCGACCUUCGGUGCGAGUGCAUAGGGGACUGUACGAGCUUUGAAGAACCGGGGCCGGAAAUCUGACUGAAACUGAAACUUAACAGGUGGACCGCGGUAGUGGGCAGCUGAAUCGUCACGAAAUAGAUUCUUUUGAUUUACCAAAAUUGAAUCUAAAGCCGGAUUUACACCAAUCCGAUGUACAUAGGAAAAGCCAUGAAGGCACACAUUUAAUCCAAUUUCGUCCAAGGAGAUUCGGUUGCUGGCUUCCUCUCACCACAUGAACCGGCAAAUAAUGAAGUUCUCCAUCAUGUUCGACUUCGGCUGUAAAGACCCCUCGAACGUCUACGUUCUGUCCAGUGUAACUACGGAAUGUUGAGCUAGCCGGUAGGAGGGAGGGUACUUUCUGAAGAGAGGUCUCAUUGAUGAGAGUAACAGCUGAGCCAGUGUCGAUUUCAAACUUCACGGGAUGGUGAUCAACCGGAAGCGUGAUGGUGUAGGGGGAUUGGAGAGUAGCGUUGGCCGGAAACAUUCGGAGUAUCGCCUCACCAUCCCCAGCUGGACUAGGGUAGGUCGCAUGCGUGUUAGUAUUCGCUCGUCUUUUGGAGAAACACACUCGUUCGAUGUGGCCGACUUUCUUGCAAAAAUGGCAUACCGUCUUCUGAUGUCUACAGUCUGACCACCGGAUAUGAUGCUGGCCACAACGGUAGCAUGAUGGUAGUUGUUUUGAGGGAGCUGAGAGUCGCUGUCUAGGUGAAGACACAGCAGUGUUGACCAGGGAGACAGCCAUUUCCGAUUCCAAGGAUGAUAUCACUCCAUCGUUUGACUGAUUCAGCUGCUGAAGGUUUUGCCGCACGCGCUCCUGAUGACUGGCAAUAUCACAGGCUUUCUCCCAUGACAAAUCCUUCUUCUCUGAUAAGAGAUUUUCCCGAGCUUUUUCAUCGCGUAGACCGACAAUCAACUGUUGAACGAGCAUUGCGUGCUCGAAGUUGUCUGCCUUGAUCUCUUUAUACCCACAGUCCUGAAUGGCCAGAGUCAGAUUAGUAAUAAAAUCACUGACACAUUGAUUGGAUUCUUGACGCAUUUGACAAAACCGAUAGCGACUGAGAAAGACGCUGUCUUUUCCUCCCCACGCUGAGUCGAGUUUUGAGAAGGCUGUUUGGAGAUCUAUAGCCUUUUGUAGAUUGAGGGCAUCGAAAUAUCGUUGUCCCAACUCUCCGAGAUUCGUCCGGAGGAGUUUCAACUUAGAUGGGACGUCUAGUACAAUUGUGGGUGACAAUAUAGGGAGCAGUUCAAUAUAAUCCUCAAAUGUCUUCCUCCAUUGAAACCACGAGUCAUUUGAGGGCUUCGGGGUGUUCUUUGGCCAAAAAGGUAGCGGUGUAGGCAGCAAUGAAGACAUGUUCGUUAGGCUGCGUCGCCAAUGUUAUGUACGCAAAACAGAAGGCUAAUUGGAAAUAGGCCGUGUACUGAGUACGAUAGACAGCACAAGUGAGGAGGCUUGUGGAAACGGCCGGGUAUAUGGCAAGGGGGACUGUCAUAGGCUGAUGGGUGGCCAAUCAGCAUAAAGACGGUGUGAACAGGGGGCCAUGACCUUGAUCGUUCGCUUGUCACGCGUUUGUGGCAUGAUGUCCUGACGGCCCGGGCAGGAUACGCUGCAGGUAAUAUUUCUGAAUCUGCGAUAUCCUCAGAAAUCCACAUCUCGGUAAAAGCCAUAAUGUCCGGCUUAAUUUCAUCAACCAAGUCUCUAAGUUCGUCGAGGUUGAUGAGGAGGCUUUGUACGUUUGCGGAAAUAAAUCUAAACGAUUUUUUCGUCGGUGAAGCCCGACGUUCAUUGUGACCGGUUUUGAUCACAGAAAAGACUCCUUGGUCUCGAUGAUUUGACCAUUUUUGAUUUUCGGCCCUUUCCCUCUUCUGUCAAUUCUUUCCUUCAAUUCUGAGCUCAGUUCUCUAUUUUUUCAGCCCUUCUCUCAUUUUGUAGUCUGGUUUAAAAAACAUUUCCCCAUGUGAAUUGUCUAAGGCCGUUUUACCUUCCAACAGAAGCGCUGCUUGGGCUUCGUUUUUUAAAAUAACCUUUAGGGGUCUUUGGGAUGUUUUCAGGUCACGGUCUGGGUGUGUUUUGUCUAGUCAGAAGCGUUUUUACCGUGAAUAUUUUCCCGUCGUUCAGGACGGCGCUGACAAAUUCCUGGCGAAGGUCUAGAUCAUGUGUCACCCGUUUGUUUUAAAUGCAGGUCGUAGACUCUGGGACACCCCAUAUUGUGAUAUUUUGCUAAUGGUUUACUUUAUUGCUUCACCCACGCUGGGACGAUAUGAUCCCACUGUGGUGCUCUCGAUGGAUGCUGGCGCACCGACGUUAGACGGAUUUUCUUCCGACGCUUGGGAAGUAGGAUCUAAAUUUGUUGUUUGAGAUUCUGGCUUCGGCAUGGAAACUGUCACAUUCAUUGGCCUGAUGUAAUGCACCAUACGAACAGUUGCCGUGUCCUCUUCCAUAAACGAACUUUUUAAGGCACUUUCCAGUUGAGUUGGCCUUGUGAUAAAGUGGAGUGGCAGCGUCCCCGUCGAAAAACAACGGGGAGGCCUUAUUGUGUUUUCUGACAGAUCUUUUGAGAAUAAUUCAUCUUUUCCAAUUAUUAGCGUUCGAUGACUUGGUAGGCUUUGUUGCCGUAGAAAAUAAUGCAACUUUAAUUAUUUUUGUUGAAUUAUCAUCGAAUGCCUCGUUAUUCUCCAACAGGUUUCAUUGAAUUGACUCUUUUCUCUGAUAGAGACCAAUGGCGCGGUCCAAUUGCAUAAGCUGAGUGAAAAGCGACACGUGUACCGAAUAAUUUAAAUGCGUUUUCACAAAAUUUAACAAAGAUUUUUUACCCCGCCUCGGACUGUCUGCGGAUUUUCAAUAUAAAAGUGUUACUUUCUGUCUGGGAAAUACAGCCCAUAUAAAGAGCACAGAAUUCCCCUCAAUAACUUGUAAAAAUACAACGCAAACUGAACUUCUCAUACUUUAUUUCAGAUUCAAGAUAAAAUUCCUUAUGCGUGCAAACAAUAGUCAGUUUUCAUCCUCUGUGUCCUAGCCUGAGUACUUGUUUUCGGUUCAGGUGUUUAGGCCUGAGUAUUUCAUGUAAGCUAGCCAGGUUUGAUCGAAUCUUUAUGCUCUGUAAGAGUGUUUGACGCCUACAUGCUUUCCAGCUCCAAUCCUUGCCUUAGAAUCAAUGUUUCAUUUUUAUUUUGCGCAUAAGUUUCAUUUACGGGAAGGAAAAACUAUCGGAUUUAGUUUUGACUCAAAACGUAUCCUCAGAUGGGCGUGCCGUUAGUUACAAUAGAUAACAAUAUUAGCAAUAAUAGUAGUUAUAUUUAACUCCCUUUUACAGAAAUAGUCCAAAAAGAUAUAGUGUGGAUCCGUACUGUAUCAUUGCUAGCUGGAUCGAUCCAGGUAGUAGGGAAAAAUAUUUGACGUUGUAUGCAACGAGUACGACAGUCAAUUGAGUUCACUCUGGUUAACUAGUAUGUAGGAGAAAUAAUUGCGAUCAAGCGCUUUUAGGUAUCCGAAAUUCGAAAUAAAAUUUUCGAAUUGUGUAACCAAUAUAAUAAUUAUGACUGGACGGAAAAAAUUAUCGAAAGGACAGGGCACAUGUUCAGGGUGGUGGUAUAGUCGUAGAUUUGAAGGAAGAUCUUUCGGUGUCGGAGAAUACCACCAAGUUUGCGUGCAGCACGGAGGCUAUUUGGUCAAUCAUCAAGGCUCUUGGUUACCCGUGUCUCAAUGGCCUCAGUGUCUACCGACCACAUGGGAUAGGCCAUAUCGCCGACACCCAUUUUUGGAGGGGUUGGAGAGAUGUUCCAGUCGACCUAACAUCAUGAUCAUGGGAGACAUCAAUGCACCAGGAAUAAACUGGAACAACGUCCAAGCGUCAGGUCCAAAAUCGACAUUUGACUACGGCUUGCUGCACAAAACUUUAAAGGCGCUCCUCAAACAGCACGUAAUGUUUUCAACGAGAAGGCGUGGAGGACAAAGGACUAACUGCGUGGAAUUAGCCUUUACGAAAUCAUCAGACAACAUAGACGAGGUCAUUUCCUUGCCGCCACUCGGCCGCAGUGACCAUAGAGUGCUUAUGUGGGAUUAGUCGCUAUUCUCCAUUUUGCGUUCUUCAGACUAAAAGAGACGCAACAUUUGGCGGGGUGGCUUCAAUGAAAUGAGGGCAGACUUAUCCGGUCUCGACUGAAGCUCAACGUUUACGGGUAAUGCCAAUGAUGACUGGGAGUUGUUCAAGAAUGUCCGUCUGCAGCUGAUCAACAACAACCGCCCACUGAAGAGCGUAAGACAGAACAGGCGGCAUGUGCCGCUAAAUUGCAGCCUUAAGAAAUAAAUAAACAUGAGCACAGAUUUUGGAGAAAAUAAUGCGUCACUUGGCAAUUUAGCAUUGCAACACUUAUAAGACACAAAGAAACAAGUUGAGAAGCAUGCCUAUAAACAUGCGCUGCAAAUUUCAGAAAAAUUUGCUACAAAUGCAAAACAAAGUCCAAAAUUCUUAAGAGCUACCUCAGAAGAAGUAUGAAUAAUAGAAACUUAACCCCGUUGAUUAGGACUAAAAGUGACGUUGGGAUUGCUGUCAGCAGGGACAAAGCAGCACAUUUUUCAGUCACUUAAUCACUCUACACAGACGAGGCAAGGUUCCUUCCUCAAUCCACGGAAGAACUGACCACUACAAGCAUAAGUAAUUAACUCUUCUCAGAAGGUGUUGUUCGAAGAGAAUUAGAGGCACUGAACGAAUCGAAGUCAGUAGGACCAGACAAGAUUCCACUCAAGUUUCUCAAAGAACUAGCCAAUGAGCUCUCGGUGCCUUUAUCAAUGCACUUUCAAACGUCAUUUGACACUGGAACACUUCCCACGGAUUGGAAGCUGGCGCGUAUUACUCCUCUAUACAAAGCAGAUAGAGAGGCAUCGACGACAAAUUACGGGCCCAUAACCUUGACAAGCAUUCUCUGCAAAGUUAUGGACAGGAUCAUGAAGAGUCAACUAAUUCUACUAAUUCAGAAACUAUGAAUUGCAUUUUGUAAAGAUUCUACCUACCUCGUCUAAAAUUCACAGGUAAAUUUAUUUUAACUUGCUUUGAUUAGACCCCGACGGGUCUUUAAUAAAAUUAUCUUAUCUGAUGCGAUUACUAGUGGUUCAAGAUAUGCUAUCGAACUGCCAACAUGGGUUCCGGAAAGGAACGUCCUGAAGAGCUAAACCCAAGCUCUCGAUUGCGGGCACGCGAUCCGCAUCGUUUUCAUGAACUUCCAGAACGCGUUCGACGUUGUGCCACACCAGAGACUGCUACACACAAUGAAAAAAUAGGGAUCAGAGGCACCUCCUCAAAUGGAUCGAAAACUUCCUUGUGGUUUGACAGCAGGUUAUGUGCAUCGGUCAAGGGAAAUCAGAUACUGCUGUGGUCGAGAGUGGUAUUCCACAGGACUUAGUACUGGGACUCAUUUUGUUCUUAAUAUACGUCGACAAUUGUGCAAGAGCUUUGGACUGUGAAGUAGCAGUGUUUGCAGACGACACGAAGAUGUUGAGUGUAAUUCGAAACUCUGCCGACGAAAACAGACUGCAGAGGAUCCUAAAUCAGUUGAAGGAGUGAUCUAACCGUUGGCUCAUGCGGUUCAACUUUAGUAAAUGUAACAUACUUCACCUAGGCAACACAGAUAUAUCCACCAGCACAAGAGCCUCCUUUCUGGGCGCUGCAGCAUUACGAGACAUCCAAACCCAAAAAGACCUCAGUUUGCUGACGAAAAGUUCCCUAAAACCAUCUGCCCAAUGUUUAAUAGUGCCAAAAAGCGCAGUGUCCGUACUCUACGCCAUCAAGCGUGAAUUAAUGGAUUUUGACAAAGACGCUCUCUGAAAAAUAUUGGGAAUAUUCGUGCGGCCGCAUUUAGAAUACGGCAUAGGAGCCUGGAGACCGUUGGCCGGAUCAAGACAAAAAUUGCCUCGAAAGAGUUCAGCAGAGAGCCACGAAGUUUGUAAGCGGUCAAAGCCCCUUUCCACACGCAACCUGCUAUUAAAUUUCAACCUCUCCCCUCUGGGUUCUAGGUCGCUUCGUGCGGGUUAAACUGUGGCCUGCCACCCCUGCCAUCACCAGCCCUACCAAACCCCUAAAACGCCGUAGGGCUUCAGGUUGCGAUUAGGGAUUAUACAGGGGUUGACAGCGGAGCUGUGACUGGGUUUUCGACGCCGCAGCCCCUAUUGUGCCGUCAGGCGGAAAAAUUGCACAGCGGGACGCCUCCUUUUCACCUUUUCCCAAACGUCUUAAGAUAAAAACCUUGUUGUCCUCAUUAUAAUGUGUUACGCGUGGCGCAGAGAAGCCAAGAAUCGUCUCAUGUGCCCCACACGUAUGUAGACGUCCUAGAGCCUCCAAAGCUUUGGGGAUCUUUUGGAAUUCUUUACCCGCAUAGUAAAUCUGAACAUCUUCCCUUUGAGCUACAGUCAACUUCGCGGGGAUCUCUUGCAAGCAUUCCGCAUUGUAAAAGGUUUGGAUUGCAGCCUGACACUAGAGGACUUUUCUGAAUUUGUUACCACGACCAACCUCCGAGGCCACCCGUUUACACUGCGCACCCAGCAGGCAAAGCUGGAUUUACGGAAGUUUUCCUUUUCUGUUCGAGUGGUCAAACCAUGGAAUGCCCUAACCGCAGAUGUUGUGAUCUCACCAUCGACGCAAAGUUUUAAGAACCUCGACAUAUUUAUGUCCAGAAAUGAUCACGAGCGAUCAGAGACCGAGCUAACCCCCGAGACUCACUCCCUUUUUGUCAUACCAUCACGGGCUGGUUGAAUUAUUUCGGCCCAGUUAAUUUCUCUGUACACUUUUACGUUGUAUAUAGGGCAUUCAAAGGCUUACGCCUAGUUCCCUCAAUAUACUGAACUGAACUUGCCAACACAAACUGCCUGGGCGGUUCCGGCUUCACGCACAUAGGUGUCUUCUUUUCGUACUUUCUGUGUGUACGUCUGAGCCCUUUAUCGUUGUAAUGUCAGUGCGUCCAAAAUUUGUUAACCAUUUUCAUGUUACUUUGAUUUUGAUAAUUUCAAGCAUGUUUGAUAGUGCAUUGUGUCUUUUUCAUUCUUCGCUUCCAGGGCGUCCACACUACCAUUACACAUAUCAAUUGUUUUUUCGGAAAUUUGGUAACAAACUCGUCCUGCACUUGUUUAUCUGCGGACCCUCUGAACUCCAUCACACGAGUGAUGGAGUGGAUCGACUUUGUGUUUUGUUUUUGUUGGCUGUUCUGCUAAGCAUUUACAAGCUGAGCGUUAGCCAAAUACAGGGAACGGUUCCCGCGGAAGGAUGCAACGCAUUAGUAGUAUCGGUAACUGACUGCCGACUAAACUUAGUCAAGACAACUGGAAAAUUGAAUAGAGUUGAGUUUAUUAAAAGCAGGGCCUGCGUUCUUUGGGCGAACAUACCCCAAAGAAAGCAAGUCCGCGCAGCACUCGUAUGUUUGGCUGAUAACCAGAUAGGUGAGUCCCUGAACGCUGGCUUAUCGUGUACCGCUCUCCCGAAGCGCUGUCUUAUCAACUACAGCGUCUUUCCAAUCACGCAUGUCCACCAAGCAUGCACUAAAACAAUCUCUGAAUCGUCGGCGCCAGGCCAGCGUGACGCCGCGCUGCGGUUUGCCGACGGACUGGUGCUUCUGACUCGUGAUGCAUACCUUUCACGAGCCGCCGCGGGGGGAGGUCGAGUGGUGUCGUACCAAUUCCACCAUGGCCCGGUUCACAGGACGUCUCCUAUUCGUUAAGAAUCCACACUCGUGCGACAUCCAAGACGUGAUCCGGCCUGCCUACCGACGUUUGCGGACCUCAUAGCGGACCCCGCACAGAACCUUAGACGUAUGGAUCCGAUCGUGACCUUCACAGGGAUGGGCCCGUGUAGGGUGAAUAUACGCGGUGGGGUUGCCAGCCACUGAUACCCCACGUCAACGCAAAACAAAGCGUGACAUUUCGUGUCUUGUGGCAGACGCUGUGCCAGGUUUGCAUUUCGUAUCAGUUUGUUUAGACAAUUUACGGGAUUCCACACUUUUUAUACUAUAUUGACGAUUGACCAGUAUCCCGUUGUUAAAUGCGUACCGGAGAGGAGCGUUCGAAUAUAUGCGAAAAUGCCCACGUCGGUACGUGCACUAGUUACGCUGCGGCAUAGGUAGUGUUUUUCUAGCAACAUAGAUGUAUCGUUUACUGCCUGCAUCGCCACACUGCUGAAGAACUACUGCACACCUCCGGGCGUCCGUGCCAAGGAUGACCCGCAUCGCAUAAAGCCAACAAAACAGCAGUCAAGUUUACGUUGUUCAUUCACCAUAUCCCCGAACACAAUCACGUCUAGGUUAAUCAAACAACGCUGAGGAUACAGGAGGGCCAGAAUUGAUGACAUCUGUCGAUUGUUACAAAAUCCCAGCGAGUUUGUUUCGGAUCCGAAUAUGCUUCGAAGAAGGAUGGUAGUCAUUUUUUGGCCAACCCUUCAGCCCAAGUUCGACUUGUCUCUGUGAACGGGAUUAAAAUAGUGUCACCCAGGUAUGUCUGACCUGCCAACGACCGUCUUUAUGGUAACGGUAACCGGAUGCGUACGUUAGCGGUUCAACUUGGUCGGUUAUCAGGCCCGAGAACGUCUAUCUGUAACGUGCGGCAAGCAUGAUGAAUAGCAUCCCCGAAAUCAACAGUCGACUGAACGCGUGAUGAAUACGCUACUUCUUGAGAAUCAAGAUCCCGUUUGAAGUGAUAAGGAACCACUUGAUCCCUCUUCGCGGUGGCUAGCGAAUAGUAUGCGUCAUGAGUCUGUCGCAGCGUCUCUGGUCUAAUGGCGACGAUUCAGCACCUAUUCAACUGCAUCCGCGAUGACAAGGUGUGGUUGGAAAAAGCGCAAUGAUUAAUCAUAAGGCCGUUCAAUGGGCACAGUCCACGGAAGAUGUUACUCGACAAGUGGGUCGAUGGCAAUUGUUGUAGCCGCAUCCUUUUUCUUGCUACUGUUUUUCAGGCCCGAAACCUGCUAACACAGGCGCCCUUUCACACCGUCCCCCGAAACUGGACAAACUUACUCAUUGCCGGACCACGGAAACUAUUACGACUUACACAUAGUUUAGCUCGCACACGCUUACGUUACCGUCUAUGAGCGCUGAAAAGAUUACCUUGAUCGAUAGGCUCGUGGACUACUGCAUCAACGCUGUAAUUCCGUGCUGCACCAUCGAGAGGUUCCUCCCAUCAGCACACAAGCUUACAUCUUCUACCCUUGGGAAGGGCUCUUCAUCGCAACCGACGGUGUACAUCCGUCAACAUAUAUUAGAUACCCAAAUGCUGAUGGAUGAUUUUUACUGUACAUUGUGCAAAUUCGAGUCAUACAGAGACCACGACACAGCUGCCCGGACAACUUACCAGUACUUUCGCGUCUGUUCCCCUAGCUAUCAAUGUCACCAACCACUCCAGUAACCUAACAACUGACCCUGCGGAGUGGGUUCAUCUAAGAGAAGCGAGGGCGAUUUUAUUUCGCAAACAGAUCCGUAGGCAGGUCUUGGUUUAAUAAUUCGUAAGUUUUAAUCGUGUUUCUUUCUUUUGGUGCAAGUACAAAAGAGAUCAACCCCGUCCCGGGUGACUGCUAUGGACUCUCUUUCGCCCUUGUCUAUAACAGUGUGCAUGAACUAGAACUUUUGUGGAACAUUCAUAACCACUGGAACAGCUGAAGUACUUAUAGUGAAUGUUGCCUGAACAUAUUUUUAACCCUUUUAUAUCCUCUUCGCUGAACUAUUUUUGUCGGAUAUUUAUGACAGUGACAGGCCAUGGUCAGCGCGAUUGACAACAUCCAGACGGUUCUGCGGCGGUUGCAAGAGUAACGGACGAUGCACCUGAAACAACUUUGUGUUCACUGUCAUACCACCGUGCCUUACAUUCUAGGACCAAAAUGGACAGACCAGACCCUCACGGACGUGGAGAAGUCCACUUUAGAAUGCCUUCGCGAAUUCCAUAUUUCGACGAGGUCUGGUGUAUAUCUGAUCUAUCGCUUUUCCCCUGCGGGCUGGAAGGUUCUAGUAUAUUAUAACUUCUCACAAUGAUCCUCGCGGUUGUGUAUCUUCGGAAAGCGGUGCAUCCAGGGCCAUAUAGAGCUGGUCUGUUGUCAAGUACUCUAGGAUGACCGUGCUUAGCUCGCAACGUGGAGCCAUAAACAGCGGUGAGAAUUUGGCAAAGGAUGGGGCCGCUGACCCCAAAGUCUUCAAGAUUUCCUUUCCCAAGCGUGCAAAUUGACAUACUUGAACCUCCUCCAUUUUUAGCGUCUGCACUUCAAUACAUCCUAAUCUUAGUUGACUAGUUCACCAAGUGGACAGAGGCGGUGCUCUUCCACAGGGAAGACGUUUUAUCGGCCGAGACUACUCUCACUAAAGAUUACAGUCGUCUUGGCGGGCUCUUUUUCCCCCAUUGCGGUGCCACUUUUAAAAGUACACGCAUGGUGUGUGCGAUCAAUUGAUUGUUCACAAGAAGGCAGAAAACAAGUUGUGUGGACGAACUGGACGUACAUAAACCUCUUAAAAGUCCUUGCCGGAGGCCUUUCAGAGGAGGAUUGCAAAUUUUCUCGGUUAAGCAUCUUAUCAUCACCGAACACCCUAUUGCAGAAUCUUUGAACGGAAUCGCCGUCCUCCAACCGGAAUACUGAGGGAAGAACCUACCAGUAGGCGAAGAAUGUAGAGGUGAUCGGGCCAAACUUCUUUUCUGUUUUGCCAAAGUUAAUCGCGAGAUCCUGUCUAACAGACCAAUGCGAGUGUUUUGUGGUUUAUCGGGCCGAUCACAGAAAACUGCGUCACUCCCUUCACAGCCCCCUUCAUCUCGCUCUGCGAUUGACAAAGAUCUUACCGUCAGAGGAACAUCUAACCACCAUUUAAGACGAAACAUCCUUGUUACACUGUCUUCCACCCAAUAAAUAACUACUCAUGUCGUGUACCUGUUGAAUUCUCACGUUCUUGAUUCAUCUUGUCAAAGGUGCCCCUACGAAUAUAAAUAUCAAUCUUUUGUAGAGCUCUUUGUCGUCGGUGGAGGAAACUCGAGCCUGACAGACGAUACAGACCGAGCUCCGGACAGAGUGAGCACCACAAUGAAAGUCAGCGAUGCACUGAGCCGAAUGUACAAGAGAAGCACGAAGAAACUGUGCAAUUUAGAAUAUUUUAA